AUGGCAUUAGGGUUGAUUUAUUUCUUCACCCUUAAUGUCCAAUUUUCUGAUGGAUUUUACCUACCUGGUGUUGCACCACAUGAAUAUCAAGAUCGAGACAAAGUAAUCAUUAAGGCUGUCAAAAUGACCAGUAUUAAGACCGCUCACUUGCCUUAUGAUUACUACUAUUUACCAUUUUGUCCUCCUGAAGGAAAAAAGGAAUAUAAACCUGAAAAUCUUGGUGAGGUAUUACGAGGUGACCGAAUUGUCAAUACCGCUUACAAAUUGAAUAUGAAUAAAGACAAACCAUGUGAAAUUUUAUGCGGAUCAGCGGACAAGCCUAUAACGAUCAGUAAAGAUGAUGGCAAAAAAUUUAUUAAAUUAAUUAAACAAUCUUACAGUGUACACAUGAUUGUAGAUAAUCUACCAGUAGCUACCAAAUUGGUCACUCAAGACAAUAGAAUUCAAUAUGAACAUGGUUUCAAACUUGGUGUGAUGUCCAACAAUGUGGCGUAUCUAUACAAUCAUAUACAAUUUAACAUCAAAGUCCAUCAAAAUAAGGAGAAAAAAACUUUCCGUAUAGUAGGAUUUGAAGCUGCACCUCGCAGUUAUGCGUUAGAUCAAAUUAAGAGUGGAAAGGGUUGCAAAUUACCGCAAAAGGGAACUUCUGUUCCUGGUCAAGCCGUAAAAGCUGACGGUACAACCAAGUUAAUGUACACAUACUCAGUAACAUGGGAGGAGGAAGAAUCCAUUGAAUGGGCGUCUCGUUGGGAUACGUAUCUGCGUAUGUCGGAUGUACAGAUACAUUGGUUUUCCAUAGUCAAUUCUUUGGUUAUUGUAUUAGUUUUGUCUGGUGCACUGGCUAUGAUCCUUAUUCGAACACUUCGCCGAGAUAUUGCCAACUAUAAUAAAGAUGAUGUGGAAGAGACGAUGGAAGAAACUGGUUGGAAACUUGUUCAUGGUGAUGUCUUUCGUCCCCCACCUCAUCCAAGACUAUUAGCAUCCUGCGUUGGAGCUGGAGUACAAAUCUUCUACAUGUUUUUGGUUACUAUCAUAUUUGCUAUGUUUGGUAUGCUUUCUCCAGCUCGUCGUGGUGCACUAAUGAAUGCCGGGAUUGUUAUGUUUGUCUUAAUGGGUACGAUAGCCGGAUACAGCUCAGGUAGAUUGUUUAAAACAAUAAAAGGCCAAGAAUGGAAGAAAUCAGCAUUCCUGACUGCUACCUUAUAUCCAGGUAUUAUAUUUGGCACCUGCUUCAUUCUAAAUUUUUUCUUAUGGGGACAACAAUCAACUGGAGCUGUGCCAUUUACCACUAUGUUAGCGCUUUUAUUACUUUGGUUUGGCAUCUCUACUCCCCUAGUUUACUUAGGUAGCUAUUUUGGUUAUCGUAAGCAGCCUUACGAACAUCCUGUACGCACAAACCAAAUUCCAAGACAGGUUCCUGAACAAGUUUGGUACAUGCAUCCGAUCAUCUGCACGUUAAUAGCAGGUGUUCUGCCUUUUGGUGCCUUCUUCAUCGAGCUCUUCUUUAUUCUUACUGCAAUUUGGGAAAACCAAUUUUAUUAUCUAUUCGGCUUCCUUUUUCUCGUUUUCCUGAUAUUGGUGGUUUCUUGUUCAGAAAUUACUAUUGCAUUAACUUAUUUUCAGCUUUGUGCAGAGAAUUAUCACUGGUGGUGGAGAAGUUUUUUUAUGUCCGGCGGUUGUUCGAUAUACGUUUUUGCAUAUUGCAUAUUUUACUAUGUGGCCAAGCUGGAUAUCAUCGAUUUUGUCCCCACUUUGCUGUACUUUGGAUACACAAUGCUAAUGAUUCUUACAUUUUAUCUGUUAACUGGCACAAUUGGAUUUUUUUCAACUUAUUGGUUCAUCAGGCGCAUAUAUGGUGCAGUAAAAAUCGAUUAG